GCCGUGCGGGUGAGAGGCUGAGCCUGGCGGCGGCUCCUCUGCCUGGAGCCGGGAGCCGGGAGCCGGGAGCCGGGAGCCGGGAGCCGGGAGCCGGGAGCCGGGAGCCGGGAGCCGGGGAGCGCUCGCCCCAUGGAGCCCGGCCGCCGCGCCGCGGUGACAGCGCCCAGCCGCAGCCGCACGCGACUUGCCUCCGCUGCUGGGCCGGGCUCCCGGCGCACCCCUGCACCCCCAGCCCCGUGCACCCCCAUGCAUGCUAAGAUGCACUUGAGAAUCGCGUCUGCACUGUCGCCGCCGCCGCCGCUGCUCCUGCUGCUGCUCCUGCUCGCCUUCCGCGACCCCGUCCUGGGCAAGAAUCUGAAAUACAGGAUCUACGAGGAGCAGAGGGUGGGCUCGGUGGUCGCCAGGCUCUCGGAGGACGUGGCCGAGGUGCUGGCCAAGCUGCCCAGUCCGACCUCCGUGCGUUUCCGAGCCAUGCAGAGGGGCAGUUCUCCCCUGCUCGUGGUGGACGAGGACUCCGGGGAAAUCAGCAUCGGGUCGAAGAUCGACCGCGAGCAGCUGUGCCAGAAGAACUGGAACUGCUCCAUCGAGUUUGAUGUGAUCACGCUGCCCACCGAGCACCUGCAGCUCUUCCACAUCGAGGUGGAAGUGCUGGACAUCAACGACAACGCGCCCCAGUUCGCGCGCGCCCUCAUCCCCAUCGACAUCUCCGAGAGCGCCGCGGUGGGCACCCGCAUCCCCCUGGACAGCGCCUCGGACCCGGACGUGGGCGACAACUCCCUGCACAGCUACUCGCUCUCCGACAACGAUUUUUUUAGCAUCGAGGUCCGCACCAGGACGGACGGGGCCAAGUACGCGGAGCUGGUGGUGAUCCGAGAGCUGGACCGCGAGCUGAGAGCCAGCUAUGAGCUGCAGCUCACCGCCUCGGACUCGGGGGUGCCCCAGAGGUCGGGCUCCUCCCUCCUGAAAAUCAGCAUCUCUGAUUCCAACGACAACAGCCCGGCCUUUGAGGAGCCCUCCUACACCAUCCAGCUCCUGGAGAGCCUGCCGGUGGGCACCCUGCUCCUGGACCUCAACGCCACCGACCCUGACGAGGGCGCCAACGGGAAGAUCCUCUAUUCCUUCAGCAGCCACGUGUCUCCCAGAAUCAUCGAGACUUUUCAGAUUGAUCCCGAGAAUGGUCACUUGACGCUGUUCAAGCCGGUGGAUUAUGAACUCACCAAGUCCUACGAGAUUGAUGUCCAGGCUCAGGAUCUGGGCCCCAACUCCAUCCCGGCCCACUGCAAAAUCAUCAUCAAGGUGGUGGACGUCAAUGACAACAGGCCUGAAAUCAACAUCAACCUCAUGUCCCCGGGGAAAGAGGAGAUCUCUUAUAUUUUCGAAGGGGAUCCUGUGGACACCUUCGUGGCUUUGGUCAGGGUCCAGGAUAGGGACUCCGGGCUGAAUGGUGAGGUCCUCUGCAGGCUCCACGGGCAUGGCCACUUUAAGCUGCAGAAGACUUAUGAAAAUAACUAUUUGAUCUUGACCAAUGCCAGCCUGGAUCGAGAAAAGAGGUCCGAGUACAGUCUGACGGUGAUCGCAGAAGACAAGGGGACACCCAGCCUGUCGUCCAUCAAGCAUUUUACCGUUCAGAUCCAGGACGUCAAUGACAAUUCACCCCACUUCCAGAGGAGUCGGUAUGAGUUUGCCAUCGCUGAGAACAACUCCCCGGGGGCAUACAUCACCACGGUGACUGCCACAGACCCCGAUCUCGGGGAAAAUGGGCAAGUGACCUACACCAUUCUGGAGAGUUUCAUCCUGGGCAGCUGCAUCACCACCUACGUGACCAUCGACCCGUCCAACGGUGCCAUCUAUGCCCUGAGGAUCUUUGACCACGAAGAAGUGAGUCAGAUCACUUUUGUGGUGGAGGCCAGGGAUGGGGGUAGCCCCAAGCAGCUUGUGAGCAAUGCCACAGUGGUCCUCACCAUCAUCGAUGAAAAUGACAACGUCCCCGUGGUCAUCGGGCCUGCGCUACGGAACAACACAGCAGAGAUCUCCAUCCCCAAAGGGGCAGAGAGCGGCUUUCACGUCACCAGGAUAAGGGCCGUCGACAGGGACUCGGGUAUGAACGCUGAGCUGAGCUGCUUCAUAGCAUCAGGGAAUGACGAAGAGGUCUUUGUGAUCAGCCCACGGUCCUGCGACAUCCACACCAAUGUGAGCUUGGAAUCGGUGCCCUCCAUGGAGUGGGAGCUCCUGGUGGUCAUCCAGGACAAAGGCACUCCUCAGCUGCACACCAAAGUUCUCCUGAAGUGCGUGGCCUUUGAGUACGCAGAGGCGGUGACCAGUACAGCUAUGACCUUGGUCGGCUCAGCAUCCUUGGAUGUGUCCAUGAUCAUCAUCAUCUCCUUAGGGGCAAUCUGCGCCGUGUUGCUGGCGAUCAUGGUGCUGUUCGCCACUCGGUGUAACCGGGAAAAGAAAGACACCAGAUCCUACAACUGCAGGGUGGCAGAAUCCACCUACCAGCACCACCCCAAGAGGCCUUCCAGGCAGAUUCACAAAGGGGACAUCACUUUGGUGCCCACUGCCAAUGGUACUCUGCCCAUCAGGUCCCAUCACAGAUCCUCCCCAUCUUCCUCGCCCACCUUAGAGAGAGGCCAGAUGGGCAGCCGGCAGACUCACAACAGUCACCAGUCACUUAACAGCUUGGUGACCAUCUCCUCCAACCACGUGCCAGAGAAUUUUUCACUGGAACUCACGCACGCCACUCCUGCAGUUGAGCAGGUGUCCCAGCUCCUCUCUAUGCUUCACCAGGGACAGUAUCAGCCAAGGCCAAGUUUUCGAGGAAACAAAUAUUCCAGGAGCUAUAGAUACGCCCUUCAAGACAUGGACAAGUUCAGCUUGAAAGACAGUGGCCGUGGAGACAGUGAAGCAGGGGACAGUGACUAUGAUCUGGGACGAGACUCUCCAAUAGACAGGCUGCUGGGGGAAGGCUUCAGCGACCUGUUCCUCACAGAUGGCAGAAUUCCAGCAGCCAUGCGCCUGUGCACGGAGGAAUGCCGAGUCCUGGGCCACUCGGACCAGUGCUGGAUGCCGCCGCUGCCCUCGCCGUCCGACUACCGCAGCAACGUGUUCAUCCCGGGGGAGGAGUUCCCCGCGCAGCCCCCGCCGCCGCCGCCGCCGCACCCGGGCCCCGCCGCCGCCGCCGGCCCGCCCGCCGAGCCCGCGGCCGAGAAGAAGAAGAGCUUCUCCACCUUCGGCAAGGACCCGCCGGGCGCCGAGGACGCGGCCGACCCCGCGCCGUCGCUGCUGGCGGAGAUGAGCAGCGUGUUCCAGCGCCUGCUGCCCCCCGCGCCCGAGCCGGGCCCCGACGGCGCGGACCCCGAGCGCCGCAAGGGGGCGCUGCCCGCCAAGCCCGCCGCCGCCGCCGCCGCCGCCGCCGCCUACCCGCCCGGCGUGGCCGCCUGGGCCGCCAGCACCCACUUCCAGAACCCCGCCGCGCCCGCGCCCGCGCCCAGCGCCAAGUGGCUGCCGGCCAUGGAGGAGAUCCCCGAGAACCACGAGGAGGACGACUUCGACACGGUGCUGGGGCAGCUGGGCGACAAGCACGAACUCAUGGACGCCAGCGAGCUGGUGGCCGAGAUCAACAAGCUGCUGCAGGACGUGCGCCAGAGCUAGAGCCAGGGGCCGAGGGGACAGCAGGGGCGCACGAGGGGACACCCAGGGGACGCACCAGGGACGCACCAGGGGACGCACCAGGGGACGCAC